AUGUUAAGAAGAGCACAUUUGAUGGAUGAGAGUCCAGACCAGGUGAUUUUACUGAGUCUGGGAUGCCAGAGAGGGUCUGCGAGCUUUACCGACGGGAAUCGCUGUGUGGACGCGGCCGAGGCGUGCACAGCAGACGAGCGGUGCCAGCAGCUGCGCUCUGAGUACGUGGCACGAUGCCUGGGCCGGGCAGCGCCCGGGGGCUGGCCGGGACCCGGGGGCUGCGUGCGUUCCCGCUGCCGCCGAGCCCUGCGCCGCUUCUUCGCGCGCGGGCCUCCGGCGCUCACGCAUGCGCUGCUCUUCUGCGGCUGUGAAGGCCCCGCGUGCGCCGAGCGCCGGCGCCAGACUUUCGCGCCCGCCUGCGCGUUCUCCGGCCCGGGGUCGGCGCCGCCCUCUUGCCUGGAGCCCCUGGAGCGCUGCGAGCGCAGCCGCCUGUGCCGGCCCCGUCUCCUUGCCUUCCAGGCCUCGUGCGCUCCCGCGCCCGGCUCCCGCGCCGGCUGCCCGGAGGAGGGGGCCCCGCGUUGUCUGCGCGCCUACGCAGGCCUCGUAGGCACCGUGGUCACCCCCAACUACCUGGACAACGUGAGCGCGCGCGUCGCGCCCUGGUGCGGCUGUGAGGCCAGCGGAAACCGGCGCGAAGAGUGCGAAGCCUUCCGCAAGCUCUUUACAAGGAACCCCUGCUUGGAUGGUGCCAUACAAGCCUUUGACAGCUUGCAGCCAUCAGUUCUGCAGGACCAGACUGCUGGGUGCUGUUUCCUGCGGGUAGGGCAUGAGUGGCCUGAGAAGAGCUGGUUCCUGUUUUGUCCUCACUCCCAAGGUGUCCUGGCUGUAUGCACUCACUGCCCUGGCUCUCCAGGCCCUGCUCUGAUUAGGAACAUGAACCGUGGACGACACAGCUGACUGCCAUGUCUCCCCAUGACUGCUCACUGAACCGAAACUCCCUUGCCCUCAGGUCUGCUGUCCUUUGUAGGCCUGGACCCUGUGUGGCUGUCCUCUGGAUUGGGGGCUGGAGGCUAGGGUCUGACUGAAAAGCCUGUGUUCCCCUGUCAGUAGGCAUCUUGUCUGUUUUAUUCCCUAUCCUAGAGAUGAGCACCCAUAGAUGAGGCCUCAUUGGGCCCCCUGGGCUUAUAGAGCAGUACAGAGACUAGCCCCCACUCCUAGAAUUUGGAACUGUCCUUUUCCAAGAAGACAAGGCACUAAGGAGAUCAUAUGAACAGGCUGACAGACAAGACUGCCUAAAUACCCUCCCAGUUAGCCAUUACUCACCAUUACUCUUACCCAUGCCCCAGAACCAGCACUGACGUAGCUUGUCACCUGUGACACAGUGUGUAGACAUUAAGGAGAGACUCAGGUCCCUCCUGCUCAGCAUCCCACUGGCUUCCCAGGCUCUCCCUGCCAUGGUUUUCCCAGCACCUGCAGUGGCUCAAUAAACCUGUGUGCACUGAGACCAA